AUGGCAGGAACACCACGAACGCAAAAGUCGCCUGGUGGCUCUGCAACCAAAGCAAAAAUGAAAACGAGAUCAUCACCUAGAAAACCUUCCAAAGAAGCAACAAGUAAGAUCAAUGAGGACGAGAUCAAUGAGGACGAGAUCAAUGUUUCGUCUACAACAGCCACCGCGUCUUCACCGCCGCGUAAAAGACGAAACUCGGAGAGCAAGUAUGAAACCCCUGAUGAUUCCAAGAUAAAAAAGAGAUCUGUCAAGUCUACAACUGCCAAAACCAAACAAUCUAAGGUUUUGUUGGAUAAGACUACCAAAGACAAUGCUGCUGAAGUGACAACGUCGACUGGCAAAAAGAGAGGCCGAUCCAAGUCUCCAACUGCAUCCAAAGGCAAGAAGGACAAUGCCAAUGCUGACACGACGAUGACCUCAAAGAAAACCUCAUCCUCUCAUUCCAACAAUAUCAAAAAGUCCAAGGCUGUUUCUACCACAAUGGACGUAAAGGUUCACCGAUUGCGACAUUUGGAAUACAUCCCAUCUCACAUUUUGGCCAUGACCGGUAGCAGCAGCGGUGGUGGAUAUGUCGCUAUCGCACGAGAAGAUGGUUCCUAUCAACUAUCCAUUGUCUCAUCAGUCCAAGAAGACGACUCUCUCAUGGAAGACAAGAAGAACAAGUCCCUCUGCCUUAACCCUCACAUUUAUCCAGUCACAAGAGUGGCUGGAUCCUCUCUUGCAGUGGCACAUUCCCUUUGCUGGGUCCAGCCAAGAUCCUCCAGUAAUGAUAAAAAUGAGGAUGUCCUGAAUCUGAAAAAGAAACCAAAGAACGAUCUUCCGACUUGUGUCGCAGCCAGUCCCGAUGGAACCUUGUGGAUUGUCAAUUUUCAACAAUCACAGUUACAAUCACGUUUCAGCAGUGGAGGAGGUGGUAUCUUUGACUUAUGUACUUGUCACGAUCUUCCAUUGGUCGCCACAGCGUGCGAAGAUGGAUCUGUCCGAAUCUGGCAAAUUCGCUCCAACAAAAUUUUGGAUACCCCAAUUGCCACCUUGACGACUGCCGGAUCUGCUGUGUUAUCGCUGGCAUGGAGACUGGUCAAGCUUCAGAAUGGACUGUACGAAACAGUUCUCUUUGCGGGAGUUGCGGAUGGAACCAUUCGCAAGUACAAGGUGAACCUAUCUUGGAAGGGUGGCAAAGACGAUGAAGAUGAAUUGGUCCUAUUGAAACAUCAAUCUCAUUCCUUGCGAAUGACUUUAGAAUCCAAGGGUCGUCGGCAAUCGACUAAGGUAUGGACAAUGAAGGCCCUUCAAGAUGGUACGCUGAUUACGGGAAACUCGUUGGGCCAAGUUCAAUUUUGGAAUUCGGACAAUGGAACCUUGAUCCAAUCCAUCUUGCAAUCUGACCUGAAGGCUGAUAUUCUUCAGCUAGCAGUCAACAAGGAAGAGACCAAGGUCUUUUGUACUGGUGUCGACUCGAGAGUGGUAUGCUGCGAACGAGCGAGCUACAAAAAGGGUGGCAGUAGUCACAUGCCAAGUUCCAUGGAUGUCUCACCUUGGGUCCUCACUGGAGCCCAGCGUCCACAUACUCACGAUAUCAAAGCCAUGGUUUUGUUAACUAGUGACGAUGGACGUUUGGAAACCAUGAUUACUGGUGGUGUCGAUACCAAGUUGUGUUCUUAUGUUGCUUCGGACUUUUCGAAACGGCGGCCACAAGUAUGGUAUCCAUGGCCAAGUCAUUCUCCCAUUUCUACAGCACCUUCCCAACGGAUAUUCUCCAUGCAACGCCAAGAUCACGUGGAAAUUUACCGCCUGGAACAGGAACCAUUGCAGAAUGGAAAGUCUCCUAAUCCCUACAAGAAGAUGCGCAAGUCUGCCAGCGACCUUGUUGGAUCCGUUCAGAUUGAAAGCAAUACCAAUCUGAUCACUUCAAAGCUCAGUCCCAAUGGCAAAUGGUUGGUCUUGUGCGAUGCCUCCUCCACAUUUAUCUUCAAGUUGAAUUUGGAGGCUUAUGGGAAGGAUGACGAAUUCAUGUUUCAACCAGAGCAGAUGGAGCUGCCUGAUGCACUAAAGCAAAAUGCUGCAACUGCGUUCCAUUUCAGUGGAAAUGUAUUGUUCUUGGCCACAGCAUCGACCAACACACUUUUCGCCAUUGACUUGACAACCAUGGAGUACACAAACAUCGCCACUUUGCCGAUUGGUGAUGGUUCUCUUCCAAUUCAUUCCAUACAGACUACUGAAGACUUUGUCGUGACAUUGAGUCAUGCACGAGGAUCGGGAGUCCAAAUCUUUCGUCGAGAUCCGUCAUCGCCUCUUUCCUUCGGAUCACACUGGACCAUCCCUUCACUGCAAGAAGCGCGAGUUGCUGCCACUUGCCUCAUCGAAGGUGGCCAACUGGCAGUAGCAACAUUUGCUUCUCGUCUAUUCAUCUUUGACCUACCAGCUAAACGGCUGUCCAAAUGGAGCAAGCAGAUAGGAUAUCCAAUCAAAAGUUGGCCAGCGGAACUGAGCGCCAGAAGAGACUUUCCAGUUCGAUUGAUUUCCAAUCCUUCCAAGCCAUCUCAACUGAUAUUGGCUUCUUUUGGUGCUUUCUGCGUCAUUAACUUAUCUAAAGCAUUGCCAGAACACUGCCAGAUGGUUCCUGAAUCCCAUGUCCGCCGAAGGAAAAACUUGAUGUAUCGCAAUGGUGCUGGCCACCGAGCCAACAAGCUACAAAAGCUCAGCAAGGAAGACCCUAAUGCCAACAACUGUAUCGUGUGCUUGCAUUACAAUUCGAUGCUGUACAUGGACUUUUUGGAAAGCUGCUGCGCAAGAAGAGGUACAACAAGCAUGUCACAUUAUGGAUCCAAUGAGAAAAAGAGAAAGGGGCUGGAAUCCCACAACAUGAAGGAUCACAUAGUCUAUGCGCUAAAGAAGAAGAAGAAGAAGAACAUGUGGCUCACAAUCGAGCCAUGUUGUUCGAAUUAUCAUCUAACAAGAAGCAUCACUCUUGGACUUUGA